CGAUGUGUCGUCAGUGAUUGUCAAUUUUAAACCCAAUUAGGCGUUUUUAAUGGAUAAAAAAUGCGAUAUCGUUGCGUAACAUGAUUCAGGUUACUUGGAAAAUCAAACACUUGCUUGUACUACUAGCGUCCUUAUCGAUUUUGUUGUUGGUUUUUAUUAAAUACAGCCGGCAAAGGUCGGCCGAAAAUGUGCACAAUUUGCACCUGUAUCAGGACGAGCUUGAGUACAACAAGCACCUUCUGCAAGAAGCGUCCGAGCGAAUUCAAGACUUGGAAAAUAAAAUCCUAGCUCUUGAGGCAAGGGUGCCCAAGACGUACCCCGAAGUUAAGUUCCUAAACUACCUCUCGCGAAAACGUAUUUUGAUAACUGGCGGUGCCGGUUUCGUGGGGUCACACCUAGUUGAUAGAUUAAUGCUGCAAGGUCAUGAAGUCAUCGUCGCUGAUAAUUUUUUCACGGGGCGGAAGCGCAACGUCGAGCACUGGAUAGGUCACGAGAAUUUCGAAUUAAUUCACCACGACAUAGUCAAUCCUUUAUUUAUUGAAGUCGACGAGAUCUACCAUCUCGCAAGCCCCGCUAGUCCCCCCCAUUACAUGUACAACCCGGUCAAAACCAUCAAAACUAACACUUUAGGUACAAUUAACAUGCUAGGCCUUGCCAGAAGACUGAACGCCAAAAUUCUAAUCGCCAGCACUUCGGAAGUGUACGGAGACCCCGACAUCCACCCCCAGCCCGAGACGUACUGGGGACAUGUCAAUCCCAUAGGCCCUCGCGCGUGUUACGACGAAGGCAAACGAGUCUCAGAGACUUUAACUUAUGCUUAUGCCAAGCAGGAAAACAUGCAGGUGCGGGUGGCCCGCAUUUUCAACACUUACGGCCCCCGUAUGCACAUGAAUGACGGCAGAGUCGUCUCUAAUUUUAUCCUCCAGGCGCUGCAAAACGACGUAAUCACGAUUUACGGCUCAGGGCAGCAAACACGCUCGUUCCAGUACAUUUCCGACCUGGUCGAUGGGCUGGUAGCGCUGAUGAACAGCAACUAUACGCUCCCGGUGAACUUGGGGAAUCCCGUGGAGCAUUCAAUUAACGAAUUUGCCUCAAUAAUUAAAGACCUGGUGGGCGGCCGCAGCAAAAUCAAUCAUUUGGCGGAAGUGGAGGACGAUCCGCAGCGCCGCAGGCCGGACAUCACCCGCGCGAAAAAAUACCUAAACUGGGAGCCGAAGGUGGACCUCAACACCGGCCUCCAAAAGACUGUCGACUACUUCCGCCAGGAGCUGCACCGGUUUAAGCACUCACAGAGAAACAAGUUUUUACCGAAAUUGUGAUAAUUGUGGUUUUGUUGUAAAUAAAUUUUAAAAUUUU